AUGGCGGAACCCAACAAAGAGAAAACGAAACCAACUCAAGAAGAGAGGGACGACGACGGAGAGGCGAGAAGGGCGUCCAAGUAUGCGUGCGUUGCUCUUCUUCUUCUGAAUAUAGGAUGCACGAGCACGCAGAAGCUCGAAGCCCUGGGACUCCACAAUAGCCUGGAAGAGAUCGCCGAGGCACAGCAGACGGCGCAGCUCACCAGACUGUCGGGAACCAGGACCGGCAGAUCUAUCCUCAAACAACUAGGCAUCGGAGCCAAGGAAGACGACCACCGGAUGCAGGAGCAGAUACCGCGGGAGCUGGGCAAGCACAUCGUCGUGAGCCCAAUCCCGCGGAACAUGACUCCCACAUUCCAUCAAGAAAGAAGAGAGGCGAGAGCCAAGGCGCUGAUCGCGCUACACGCCGGCGAUGAGGCAGCCGUCGUGCGGACCACUGUGCCCAGCCAGGCAGAAGAAGUGGCGGUAGCCCUCGCCAUCGCGGACCCCAGAACGAAGACGGUGUUGUGCGACUCGCGAACGGCAGUGCGCAACUUUGCGAAACAGCGAGUGUGCAGUGCGGCAGCGCGCAUCCUGCGAAAGGCCGAAGUCAACGGAGUCAUCACCAGUGCGGUGAUAAAGUGGUUUCCCGCCCACGCGGGCGCGGAAGUGGCGGGCUCGCUGGGGCUCACCAACCACAACGAGACGGCCAACUCCGUGGCGCGUGGACUCGCCGGCCGCGCCCCGGUAACGGCCGCCGCCGACGUGGUGGAUCGCCCCGAGAAGGACACCAUGGACGCUUACAACGAGGUAACCCUGUGGUACCGGUUAGCCAGAAGAACGAUGGCCCUGCCCCACCCCCGUCUGACGCGGGAGGAGGCGGUGGUAUUCCGCCAGUUACAGACUAACUCCGUGAUAACCCCAGUGUUAGCAAAGCACCUGUGGCCGGAGGUAUACGUAACAGACUUAUGCAGACUGUGCGGGAAGGAAAGGGCCACGUUGGCCCACAUCCUGGAAGACUGCGAAUGCGCGAACGCGGACAACAGUGCAGACGUUCUCCCGCCCCUCAUGGAGGAGGCGAAGAGAUCCGAAGACUACGACGUCCAACACACGGCCGUCCAGCAGAUCCUAGCGGCACUCGAGAAGCAGCGACCGGACGGGAUGGAAGCAGAAAGGGUUAACCCGAGUACGCUGAAGCCCGCCGCGAGCGGCUCUCCCCGCUACGAAGACGUCCGGCCACGUCGCCCCAAGAACCCACCUGAGAGGGUGGGAUGA